CUUUUGCGGAAAUGUUUGAUUACACAGAAGAUGCUUUGUGUAUUGCGCGUGGAGAGAGUGGUGUGCAUGGCUCAGCUCUCCAGGCACCAAGAAGACCUGUUGGAGGUGUACCCCCAGGAGCUGGAGUUAGGGAAGAUGUAUUCCUGAUUUGGAGAGAGAUGGAGGAAGCCAGGAACACUCUGGCACAUGUUCAGGCUCUUGUACUGGAAGUUCCUGAGCCAACAGGGGGUCACGAGGCUAUGAUUUCAAAGCACCCUGACAUGCCGAAGUCGGAGGAAUGCAUGAGCUCCAGGGACUGGCUGCAGAAGUAUGGCUUGAAGGCACAGAAGCUGUUAUUUUACGAUGCUCUAGGCGAUUGUGCCUUUCCCCAUUCUGAUGGUGUCAUUGAUGUGAAAUCCAAGCCAGCUGAUGAGAGCUUGCACACCGAUGCUGAAAAGAGAGACAAGCUUGUCAAUGCCAAAUACUGCGAUAGAUUUGCUCACACAAAGUGGCGAGAUGGAUCAGUGGUCCACAUGUAUAUCACUGCUGAGAAGUGUAAGUGGUAUGAAGGAAGGAUGAAGACAGCUCUCAAUCACUUACAGAAAAGGCUUGACUGGCUUCAGACUGGCAGCAGGGAGCUGUUUGGAACAGUUCUUGAGGAUCAGGUGUACGUCCUCAUAGACACUUCAGAAUCUAUGAAGGACAAGCUGCCAACAGUGAAGGACAAAAUCUUCCAGCUUAUGCAGGAACAGCUACGACACAAAAGCAAAGUGAACUUUGUGAGGUUUGAUUCCCGCGCUGUCGCCUGGCGCGAUCGACUGGCAGAAGUCAAUGAACAGAAUCUGGAAAAUGCCUGGCUUUGGGUAAAAGGAUUUAAGGUAGGCGGCUCUACAAACACACUGGGAGCUCUGAGGCUGGCCCUGGCUGAUCCUGGAACUCACGCGGUCUACCUCCUCAGCGAUGGGAGACCAGAUCAGCCUCCGAAGACGAUUCUGGCUCAGAUGCAGCUGCAUCCUCCGGUUCCCAUUCACAGCAUCUCAUUCCACUGUGCUGAUCUGGAAGCCUCCAGGUUUCUCCAUGACCUCGCCGAGGAGACUGGGGGCAGGUUCCAUUGCUACCAGUGUGACAUCACAGAGCCUCAAGCUCCUCAGCCAUUUGUGAGUGAAGACACAUAUCUUUUAAAGAAAGAAAUGGAGCAGGGGAAGCAGGACUUGGACAAAGCACUGAAGCUUCAAGCCGAGUGCGUGAUACUGGAUUGGUACCACAAUGGAGACGAGCAGAUACAAAACAGAAACCAGGAAAGACCCCACAGUGCCUCCAUGCUUCAGUCCAGCUCUGAGGAUCUUGAAGUGGCUAAGAAAGCACUGUCAGCACUCCCCUGGACCCCAGCCUCUCAUCGCAGUCACAGAGACAGGGAUCAGACCCACAGAUCAAAGGAUCUGCAAAGACAGAAGCUUAGACAUGCAGCUUACACAAGGUCCAGUCUGCUGCGAUUCCUGAGCAAUGGUGUGGGAAUCAGUGGCAAAGACAGCGCUCUGCACGAGUGGAUGCUGCCGGAAACCCAGCAGAUUUUUAAACGGAAUUUAGCAAAACAAAGUCAAGUACUGAAUGGACUUCAUUUAACAGCAAACAAACAGACUCAGAAGAAAGCAAAAUGCAAACCAAAGGAGUCAUUGGACAUGUCCUCAGCUCGCUGGCUUAAAACCAAUGGUUUGGUUGCCAGAAGGCUCACCAUCAUGGAUGCCUUGGCACCUACAGCUGUGCCGCAGACCGCAAAAUACAUUCCCAUAUUGGACAAGCACGUCUGUUCUAAAGUGUUUGAUGAGAUUUUACCGUUGGCCCAUGUAAGUAACAGCAAGACACGGAUCACGCUGGUUAAUCCCCAGGCUGUGAACCUGAAAGUUUACAAAGAGAAGCUGAAGCAGGCUCUGAAAGCCUAUGAAAGACGUCUUAAUGGAAUUGUGUGGAGAGCUUUAACCCAAGAGGAAAGAGAUAAGUUUGAUAGCACUGAGCCAGUUCCCUUCAAAGAACACAAGGAAGCUCUGCUUCAGGCUCUGGACAGGCUGGGCUGGCCGAUUCCCGAGGAGAGCCUGUCUGUGCUGGAGGGGGAGAUAGAGACUGGGCAGGCGUAUCUUCAGCAGGCCUCAGACUUACAAAACCUAGCACUGGAAAUGCACUCACAAUCUCUUGAGGGCAGCACAGCCGAAGAAAAGAGCCAAGGCAGCAAUGUGUUCAGAGCCAGUGCAGGAGAGAAAAGGGUCCUGGACACACUGAGAGGCCAGCGGGCCAUUGCCAGGGCAGAGACAGAUGGCUUUUAUUACCCAGGUACAGUGACAAAAUGCAUUGGCUCCAAAAAGGCUAUUGUGAGUUUCAGCAAUGGAGAUACCCAGAUUACACCACUAGGGCUUCUGAUUCCCAUUGGAGGUGCUCUCCCUUGCCCACCACUGCAGGUUGGAGAUUUUGUAUUUGUUCGAAGUGGGACUGACUGUGCCGGAGAGUGCUAUGUCCCUGGUAUUGUCAUAGCAACCCCACAACGAGGCAAAUCAACAGAUAAAUUCUACACGGUUCUGAAAUACAACAACAAACAAGAGGUUUUGCUGCGCAGCGGGAUUGUUAAAACUAGCCAGACAAGGUAUGCCCUGGCCUGCCGUUACAUAAGAGAAUGCCAGAUGAUCUCUCACACAAUACCGGGCGUCCAAUCUGUGAAGCCAUUUCCUAAAGAUUCCAAACGACAGGAAGAAAAAGGAAAGGGUCUAUCAGAAGAGCAGGGAGGAGACCCAAAGAAGCAGAAGAGGAGAAGAAAGAGGAGGGAGCAGAAAGCGCUCCAGGAUCCUUCAGACAGCAAGGAGACAGCUGUCAGUAAACAUGACCCAGGGAGUGCCUCAUGGGAUGAAGCCUGCACAGAGGAGAAUUCCGACCGGGACUAUGAAGGGGAGAGAGCCGGCACGUCUCCUUGCGCCUCCAGAGCAGUUUCAUGUGUUCUGCAGUCUGAACUUUACUCCAGGACCAGCUCCCUGGAAUCUGGCAGACUGUCCACCCCUCUGUCCUCAAGGCAUUCCGAGGUGCUGACUGCUCCAUCAGCACAACCAGCCUCUUCAGAGCGGAGUGACAACUCUGCACGGAGGAUCAGGAAACUGGAGGACUGGGCUGAAGAGCUGGAGCAGGCCCUUGCUGAGCACAGGGAACAACAAGAGCUCAUUCAGAAGCAUAUAAAAGAUCUGGUGAAAUGGAAGAUUCAUGAAGAUGCAGAUAUAUUAGACAACCAGAAACAAUUAGCCCAACAGCAGCAGGAGCUUCUAGAACGACUCACAAAGCAGAGACCUCUUACAAGCAGAAGCGCAAACAGGAGACAUGAUGAGAGAGGUGCGGGUACCUUUGAGGAUAUUCCCGAGUAUGUAAAGAUUGCCAGACGGAGCCUCCCUAAACUGACUCCAGGAGAGAAGCCGCUUGCCCGCUGGUCACUAGAUGGAUGGUAUUCCCCAGGUGCUGUUGUUCACUCCUGUGGUGAUCAGAGUUACUUCGUGCAAAACAACGAGGGAGAGCUUGAGAGAAUAUGGAGAGAGGAUCUUAUCACAGACACUGAAGAUGCUGAAAACAUAAUACAGGUGGGGGACCCUGUCAUUGGCCUGCACCCACUGUAUCCACACAGCUAUUGCCCUGGAGCGGUCCUUCAGGUCAUGCCGGACUUGAAGCUAAAGGUGAGAUAUUACGAUGGGACUGAAGCUGUGGUGCCCAGGGACCAGGCCUAUUUGAUUUCCACCCAGAAGUUUGAACGAGACGUUGCCUAUCUGCUAGAAUGUGAAGCACGAUGGGUGGGACAGCCAGUUGUAGCAAGAGAUGACAGAAGUGGAACGUAUCACCUGGGGGAGGUCCUUGAGCGAGUUGGUGAUGGAAAGCACUAUGUGAUCCUGUGGGCGGAUGGCUCCACCGCAGUGCAGAGUGCUGCUUUUAUCUUUGGAAGGUUUACUCGCUCUUGUACCUUGACGCUGGGAGACUGUGUUCUAACACUAGCAGAGCCCGCCUCCCUCACUUACCUGCCUGGGGUUAUCCGUGGGUUCAAUGGGACCAAGCUGGUUGUUUCCUUCUGCAAUGGAAAAAGCGGCUGGCAUGUGGAACCCCAGCACUGCUUUUGGCUCUCAGGGGAGCAGUUCAAUGAGGCAGUGCACAUGUAUAACAGGAAGCAAGCUGAGCAUGAAGAAGAAGAGGGCAGUGAGACUGGUGAAACUGAAGGGUCAAGGUCUGAUGACUCUAGAGUGUCCAGCAGUGCUUCAAGUCGUUAAUCACAUAUUGUACUUCCAGCUUGCUUAACAAACAGCAUCGCUGAAACGCAGAGGGGCUGCCUUGUGUCUCUUCCAGUGCUGGAUCUGCUUCCAAUCCAGGCCAUUGUUUAUUUGCACCAUCGGAGAUUGGAAGAGCCACCAGUGGGUAUGACAGCGAGAGCUGUUGUGAACGAAAAACACCUGUUGCUUUUACAAAACCAGAAUUAAACUAGUGCAUCGUUUCAUUAAAAGAUUCUUAAGAACUGAGUAAAGCGCUUUGAGGAGAGGCCCUACCUGAAUAUUGUGCUUUAUAUUCAGGGCUUGUCAUUUCCCUGAGUGGUUUAAUCUUUCUCAUGCAUAUUCAGGCUGUGUGCUUUGUGUGUAAAUAGGGUGAUGGAACUGGUGGUACAAUAACGCCUAGCAUUUAGCGUCUCAUCAAUAAUCAUUAUAGAUGGUAAUCUAAAAUUAAAAAAAAAAGAUUUUAACUUCAUUUGAAAAGUGUGAAUACAGACUGUGUUUGACAGACAUUUCAGGGUAAUCAAUGAACAGUAUGUAUGAAACACAGGCAUUGCAAUUGAAAAUGAUGUUUUUUCCAUGGAUCUAUUUAGCUGGUAAGUUCAAAGUCUACUAUUUUUACAAACAGAUAAAGAGACAUUGUGUGUAAUUGAACCUCUACAUAAUCAUUGGGGUGGACAGCUACAGCGGUUUGAAUUCUGUGAAAUUUGAAUUCCUCAGUUGUAUGUUUUACAUGCUUUGAUCUGAUGAAUUAACGUACUGAAGGAAAAUUUAAAAAAAAAAUGUAUUAGUCAAUUUCUGCCAGUUUCCAAUUAAAGAGAUUUUCUUUAAUUCAGUUCUGACAUCAAGAAUACAAACAAACUGCUUGGUAUUGUGCUGAAUACUACAUACAUACUAAUACAGUGUGUCUCCUAAAGCUUUCUACAAAGCCAUGCAUUAAUCUGUGUAAUCUAAUCAAUACUAUUGCAUUAGGACUUGUGUAAUCUAAUCAAUACUAUUGCAUUAUGACUUGUGUAAUCUAAUAAAUACUAUUGCAUUAUGACUUGUGUAAUCUAAUAAAUA